CAUGGCAACUCCCAUGAAGGGCCAAGUGUGUGUAGUAACUGGUGCCUCUAGGGGUAUUGGCCGUGGCAUCGCCUUGCAGCUCUGCCAAGCAGGAGCGACAGUUUACAUCACUGGCCGCCAUAUGGACACACUCCGGGCCACUGCUCAGGAGGCGCAAUCCCGCGGGGGCCGCUGUAUUCCUGUGGUGUGUGAUUCAAGCCAAGAGAGUGAAGUGCAAAGACUGUUUGAGCAGGUGAACCAGGAGCAGCAUGGGCGUCUAGAUGUGUUAGUCAACAACGCCUAUGCCGGGGCCCAGGCGAUCUUAAACAACAGGAAGAAUACAUUCUGGGAAAGCCCUGCUUCCAUAUGGGAUGAUGUCAACAAUGUUGGACUCAGAGGCCACUACUUGUGCUCAGUGUAUGGGGCACGGCUGAUGGUACCAGCUGGCCGGGGGCUCAUCGUGAUCAUCUCCUCCAUUGGGGGGCUGCGCUAUUUCUUCAACGUCUCCUAUGGUGUGGGCAAAGCUGCGUGUGACAGGCUGGCUGCUGACUGUGCCUAUGAGCUAUGGCACCAUGGGGUCAGCUACGUGUCUCUGUGGCCAGGGCUGGUGCAGACAGAACUGCUGAAGAAGAUGGCCAAGGAGGACUUCACCGACGAUUCCCUGCUGAAGCAGCUCAAUUCUGAAUUCUCAUCUGCAGAGACCACAGAACUGAGUGGCAAAUGUAUUGUGGCACUGGCAACAGACCCUGAUAUUCUGAGCUUGAGUGGGAAGGUGCUGCCGUCCUGUGACCUUGCUCGACGGUACAAACUCCGGGAUGUCGAUGGCCGCCCCGUCAGAGACUAUCUGUCUAUGAGGUCCGUUCUCAGCCAGGUCCCCAGCCUGAGCUGGUUGGCCUCCUGUUUUCCUGGCUUCCUCCGCAUGCCCAAGUGGAUUUUGACCCUCUACACUAGCAAGUUCUAA